AUACUAAGUAGAUUUUGUGGUCUAUUCUCAUACCAUCUGCAUAGUUUUGUUUUAAUUUGUCAUCUUAGACGUUAAAAGUUAUCACACAGAUUCUUUUCUAUCAUUUGUUUCUACUAGCUGGGUGGAAAUGAGCGUGUUAAGUAAUUAUGUGGACUGGAUGAAUGGUAUUUUUAGAAGAAGCAUGGAAAGAGCAGACCCCAGAGUUUCUUCGUGGUUCCUAAUGGGUUCAGUGAAUCAUUUACUGUUUGUGAUCACUGCUUACUUGUUCAUGAUAUUUUAUGGACUGAAGUUCAUGAAAGGGAGGCAUGUACUUGGCAUGAAUCGAUUAGUUUCUACCUAUGAUUGGAUCAUGGUGGUUAUGAACGCUUAUAUUGUAUAUGAAUCAAUAUGUGUCGCAUAUAAGGAAAAUUAUUCGAUUUUCUGUCAAAAAGUCGAUUACAGUUCAAAUCCCAAUGCUCUAAGACUUGCUCGAGCUGUUUGGCUAUUUCAUAUAUCAAAAGUAAUCGAAUGUUUGGAUACAUUCUUUUUUAUAAUUCGUGGUAGAACACAUCUUGUUACAUGGUUACAUAUUUAUCAUCAUUGUACAAUGAUUCCAUUAACAUGGGCUGGAGUAAAAUGGGUAGCUGGAGGUGAAAUAUUUCAACCUGUUGCAAUCAAUAGCACAAUUCAUGUGAUUAUGUAUAGUUAUUAUGCGCUUGCAGCUCUUGGACCUAAUUGGAGAAAAUAUUUAUGGUGGAAACGUUAUUUAACAAUGUUACAAAUGAUUCAAUUCACUUAUGGAAUGUUUUAUUCGUUCAUGUCACUUUACAGCCAUUGUACUUUAAGUAAAUAUGUAUAUUAUUUCAAUGUAUUUUAUGAUAUCAGUCUAUUAUUACUAUUCUAUAAUCAUUAUCAACAUGCAUAUCAUAAAUCGAAUCAACAGAAAUUAUCCAAAUCAACUGAUGAUACCAAUUCAAUCGAUAUUCAAUCAAAUGGAAAUAUUAAAAAAUAUAAAUGAAGUUAAAUGCAAUUAUAAUCUGACUUCUUCAAUUAUCAUUAUUAUUACCGGAUAAUAUAUAUAUAUAUAUCUUGAAUAUAAUAUGACAAAGAUAUAUGUAAAAAAAAUAAUAAAUGCAUAUAUUAUAAUAUAAUACUUUAUAAUGAGAAAUAAAAUUGAAAAAAAAAACUGUAUACAUUGAUCAAUUAUCAUUAAUUAGUUUUUAUCUUUUUUUUGUCAUUAAAAUCAUUUCGUUGUUGGUGUUGUUGGUCGUUUUUUUCUCUCGCCGUUUUUUUUUCAUUUUCAAUGUUUUGUUUUCGUGUAUAAAUUUUUUUUUAUUUUCAAACCAUUUUUUUUUUAAAAAAAAAAAUAAAAUUAUUAAUCAUUCAUCCUUGUUGACAGUUAUAUUAAUAUUAUAUUGAUUUAAAUAAUUUGUAAUGCAUUCAUUCAGCUACAUUGUUUUUUUUUAAAAUGUAUACUUUAUUGUAUUCGUAUGUUGUUAUAAAAAUGUUGAUGAUGAUGAUGUUUAAAAAUUAUUAAAGUCUGAAAA